AUGAACGGCAACUCAAGGUCUUCAAUGAAUAUGGGAAGGAAAGAUAGUGUCAGAAGGAGCAUUUCUGGCUUGGGCCGAGCAUUAAGCCUCACGCGAGGUGCUCAACAGAAUGGCGAGGCACAAGCCGCUGCCGACAACAAGACCAUUUUCCAGGGAUUCGAAUGGUAUACCGAAUCGGCAGCAUCACACUCCCACUGGAAGCGCCUCACAACCAUGCUACCCUAUCUGAAGUCCAUUGGCAUCCAUAUGAUCUGGCUGCCCCCUGGUUGCAAGGCGGCUCAUGCCGACUCUACGGGUUACGAUAUCUAUGAUCUCUACGACCUUGGCGAGUUCAACCAAAAGAAUGGCCGACGAACCAAGUGGGGCACAAAGGAAGAACUCCUUGACCUCGUCGCCGUUGCAAAGAAGUAUGAUGUUGGUAUCAUGUGGGACGCUGUACUCAACCACAAGGCAGCCGCCGAUGCCACCGAAGAUGCCAUGGCUGUCAAAUGCGAUCCAGAAGAUCGGCGCAAAGAAAUUGCAACCCCCAAAUCCAUCUCUGCGUGGACCUCUUUUGACUUUCCUGGGCGCGGCUCCAAGUAUUCAGCGAAACGCUGGACCGCCACCGACUUUACGGGCAUCGACUACGAUGCUAUCACCCAGAAGCCGGGCAUCUACAAGUUUCUGUCACCUUCCAAGCCGCCAAAACAGAACGGAUGGGCUACCGAUGUCGACAGCGAGCGUGGCAACUACGACUACCUGAUGUUCGCAGAUAUAGAUCACCGCGUCACCAGCGUGCGCGCUGACCUCUUCAACUGGGCCGACUGGAUCACCAACACACUCGGCCUGGCCGGCAUGCGCCUGGACGCCAUGAAGCACUAUAGCACCGCCUUCCAGGUAGAUCUAGUGCGUCACCUCCAGGAGCAGCAUGGGCGUGACUUCUUCGUGGUGGGCGAGUACUGGACCUGGAACGCGCUGACGUUGUCGAACAUCAUCGGCAAGUUCAAGGGGCGCAUCAGUCUCUACGAUGUGCAGCUCGUCUACAACUUCAGCGAUUUCAGCAAGGAGCACCCGAAGCCCGAGACACCUGUCGGCGGGGACCUGCGACGCAUUUUCGAAGGUGCACUCCUGCAGAUGCAUCCGCAGAGGAGCGUCACGUUUGUGGCCAACCAUGAUACACAGGAGGGACAGAGCCUAGAGGCCCCCGUGGCGCCGUGGUUCGUACCACAUGCGUACGCGUUGAUCCUGCUGCGGCAGGAGGGCCAGCCAUGUGUAUUCUACGGGGAUUUGUUCGGCAACAAUGGGCCCAAAGCGAGGACGCUCGCGGCUGGAGGGAGAUUGCCGAGACUCGUGGCGGCGAGGCAGAAAUACGCCUACGGGAGGCAGAAGGAUUACUUUGACCAGGCCGACUGUGUGGGGUGGACGAGGUCGGGGAGUCCGAACAAAAGCGAAGGAGCUGGUUUGGCGGUUCUAGUGAACAGCAGCUGGGAGGUGCGGAACAAGAAGAUGUUUGUGGGAAACAGCCACAGGGGCGAAGUAUGGACAGAUCUGAUGGGCUGGGCCUGGGGAGAAGUGGUCAUUGAUGAGUGGGGCCAAGCAACCUUCCCUGUAGCGGCGAGAGGAGUGAGCGUGUGGGCGAACAAGGGGGCAAAGGCGAGGGACAAGAUUGACCGGCUGGUAUGGGACUGGCAAGGGUGGGACGACAAGGAGGUGGAGGAGAGGGAGAAGGGUCAAGAGAAAAAGAAGCAGCGAUGA